AUGGCCUCGGAAACCAGCAGCAGCGUUACGGGAACCAUGUUUGGCCAGGAACUUGUGAGCAAUGGUGGUGCAGAAGGUUCAUCAUUCCUCAUCACUCGGCACAAGUUAACUGGCCACAAUUACCAUCAAUGGGCGAAGGCAGUUCUGAUGUUUAUCACAGGCAGAGGUAAGGAUGAAUACCUUUUCAGCACUACUGAACCGCCUAAGAAGGAUGAUAAAAGAUUCAAGGUUUGGAACACCGAAAACAAUCUAGUUAUGUCUUGGCUGAUCAAUGCAAUGGACACAGAAAUAGGUCAAAAUUUUAUGUUUUAUGAUGCUGCACAUGAAAUCUGGAUGGCAGCAAAGGAAACAUACUCUGACAGUGACAAUAUUGCUGAUCUAUUUGACAUCAAGGGAGCCCUACAUGAUCUAAGGCAAGACAAAUCCCUAGAUGAAGUAAGAGGGAGAAUCCUUGGAACCAAGCCUCUCCCUACUAUUCAAGAAGCUUUCUCAGAGGUUAGAAGAGAAGAAAGCAGGAAGAAGCUGAUGAUGGGAACAACGCCAUUCUCAAAUGUUCAGGAAGGAUCAACACUCAUCUCCCAAGGCUCCACAAACAUUCAAGAAGGAACUGCCCUUGUUUCCCAAGGAUCUACCUAUGAUGCAAGGCAGAAGAAAGGAAGACCAUGGUGUGAUCAUUGCCGCAGACCAGGUCACACCAAAGAAACAUGUUGGAAAAUACACGGGAAGCCCGCUAACUGGAAGUCAAACAAGGAGAAGGAGGCAUGA